AUGGUGCAGUUUAAAAACCAGACGUUGUACAUUUCCUCUGUACUUGCCUAUGAUGAGGGAGCGUACACCUGUGAGGCAACGAAUCUAGCAGGGCAAUCCCGAGAGACAGCUAUCCUGCAAGUGGCAGUUCCUCCAGUUAUUGUAUCCUUCAUGAGUGAAAUGGUGUCUUCAGAGGGAUUGUCUGUGGUUUUGCCCUGUGGGGCAGUGGGGGACUCUCCUAUCACCUAUUCCUGGUUCAGGAAUGGAAACUCAAUCCAGAUUGCAGAGCCGAGAUUGCAUAAAGACGAUGACGGAGCUCUUCAUCUAAGCAAUAUAAGCCGACAUGAUGAAGGCAGCUAUGUCUGUACUGCUGAAAAUGCAGCUGGAAGGGAUGAGAGGGCUGGAUCACUGACAGUAUCGGGUCAUGACCAAGGAUUUGAUGAAUCAGAAACGGCUGAAGAAAUCGGCUCAGGGAAUCUGCAAAGAAGCUACAUUUCUGAACGGGAGAACUUGUUCAGCAGCGAAGCUCCAGUGAAUGAAAACCCCAGCGAUGAUUCGCUGAAAAAGAAUAUCAUACAAGAACAAAGUGAUGAGUCCCCAGCUAGUAGAGAGAAUGAAGGAGAAACUCCUGUUCCACACCAUGAGAUUGCCUCAGAAGUGUCUUACGAUAUAACUGCAACUCUGACAGUAGAGCCGCCAAGCUCAGCUGGCCUUGAGGACACAACAGCACCCUCCGAAACACCCGCUGGCUCAGCUGGUGCACAACACUUCCCUGUUACAGUACCUUCAUUGAGUUUAAAAGACCCAGACUUCACUGCUUUGUUCAGCCCUAGACCCCUACUUCUGAUACCACUAAAGUCCACCCAGCUACCUGCCCCUGCUCCAAUACCCAUCCAAAAUGCUGCCGUCAUGGCAGACUUUAACACACCUGAGGUCAAAAGUUCUUCUCAAUUAGAGCUAGAAACUCCCCAGACCGUCACAGCUCUUCAGCCUCUAUCUGAGGCUCAGACUCAGCCACCUGAUGCAUACUCCCACCUUACUACAGGAGGCAGCCUGCACUCCGUCCAAACGGAGCAUCUUCAAAACCGGUCUGGCAACUCAUCAAAGCCAGGUAACUCUGAACUGACAGAAUGGCCAAAGAAGAAUACGUCUCAAUCGCCCAUGAGAACAAGCGAUGAUAUGACAUGGGACAAGAACUCGUGGUUCCCAGUUCUGGAGAAGCAUGACAUUCCCAUUGUUGUGGGGGUUGGAGUCUCCCUUGCUCUGAUAUUCAUAAUGAUGGGUUUUUACUCCCUAGUCCAGAAAAAUGAAACUGCGCCACCGGCAGGCAGAGGCUGGCUGCGGAAUUCAGAUGCCUCAAACAGAAACAGCAGCAAACCAGAAAUGGCAAGAACAUAUGAGAACAGAGCUUUUGAAGAUGAUACUGUGGUGGCAGUCAUCGAGCAGAGCCCCUACAAAACCACUUCCAGAUCCAGCCAGUCUGAGCCCAACACUAUCACAGUGACGGCAGAGCUCACACCCAACACACAGCAGGAGAGUCUGGAACCCAUCUUGGAACACAGCGGCGAGACACUGCUGGAAGCAGGCCUGGAGCUGGAAACCGAACUGCCUGCUCACAAUGAGAAGAAUUCCACCCUGCUGAACCCUGGAAUCAGUCUGAAGUGUCUAGCUGCCUGGACAGGUAACACUGAAAGCAAUGAAGAGGGUGAGCCCUCAGUCACUGCAGUGGGCCACGGCAGCACUAACCCUACACAGCACCAGGAAGCCGAGGCGAUGGCCCAUCCAAACCCAGCUUCCCUCGAGGAAGGGGUGCACACAUCCUUUACCUUCCAGACGUCUGAACCGAGUGCGAGCAACACCACCCCCAUCAGACACAACAUCAACAUCUCCCGCAGUCUGCUUGCUCCACUGGUCCUGUCACACAGUGUGUCAGUGAACGAGCGGAACAGCCCAGGGAUAACCACAGUGGCUGUGGAUGUACACUUUUACUCAGGUACAUCUGCUCCAUCGUCUCUACCAGGCCUGGUUCAGAACUCUGGAACCACAUACUGUCCUCCUUCCUCCAAUGGGCAGACACCCUUUCCUGAAUAUGACCAGCAGACCUCUUCAGUGCAUUAUGUGCAAAGAACCUGCUUAUAAGAGUGCAGAAAACCUGGGCUGGAGAAUAAGUAUGUGUUCAAGAUAGAAAAUGGACAGAUCAAUUCCAAAACUAAAAUAGCAUAACCUGUAAGGGGACUUUUCUUCUGCAAUAGAAGAUCUGGAAUUUAUUUAUUUUUAAUACCUGAGUGGGGCUUUGUUAACAUCACAGAAGAGACAAUACAGCUGACAUAGAUAACAGCAUUUUUGAUACAUGGUUUAGAUCAUUAAAAAGAUCUGAUUUAUCAAGAAAGCAUAGAUACUUUCUUUACUAUCCUCACCUUAAAUAUCAUUAGAUUGUAUUAUAUCUUCAGAGAUGGUUUCUACAUGCACUUUGAACUGUUUUCACAAUUUAAACCUUAUUAGCAACCACAAAAACAUUGAUUGUAAGUCUGUCUAAAGCCUCAGUGUAUGUGUCAGAGUCCAACGCAUUUCCACAGUCAUUCAGCAUUUUUUCACCUGGUCCAGGGGAGGCAUCCACAGUGGUUUACCGAGUAAAAGUCCUGCCGCUUGGAGUGCAGGGGGUACAUUACUGUGCAGUUCCCCUCAUCAAAUUCAAUGAUCCCCCACUUCCCAGGCUGGGCUCUUGCCUCCAGGGUUCAGCAGCGUGGUAACAUUGACUAGGUUCGGUGGAUGAAAAUAGUUGAUUGGCUGGUAAAGUGAGGCACUACACUGAUAUUCAGUUCUGAUUAAUUGCAGUGGGUAAGCGACAUGCAUUUCAUAUUGUAUUCAUUAGAAAAAAAAUGGGAGUGUAAUCUGUGGUGUGCACACAGUAUUGUUUGAAAUCUGAAAGCGUUUAGGUGGGUAGUACAGUACAUGCCAAGAGUAGCAUAGUUCAUUAGCGCUGACCUGCAUUAUCACACCACCAACUGACUGUUAGCACUUCAGCAAUUAUACCAAAGCAAUCUUACAAGCUACAUUACUUAAACUCCUUCUGUAUGUAUACUGGCAAAGCCCCUCAGUACUGCAGUGGAGACAGGAAAUCAAAGGUCUCCAGGUUGCGUGUGACGUUUAGUACAGUAAUGUUUAAGGAACACCCAAAUGGUUUUAAAUUACAAUUUCUUGUAAAACUUUCCUUUAUUUCAUUUGCUUAAACAGGUUAUCGUAUAUUUACUGGCUUUUCAGUACCCAUUGCAUUAGCUGUAACCAGAUAAGACCAUUGAAAUGAUUAAGCAUAGUUUGUUAUAUAUACAAAUCUCAAAGGCUUUAUAGCAGUCUUGUGAAAGCUGCACUCUGUGAAACAUCAUGAAACUUUGUUAUGAGUAAAAAAAAAAAAAAAACAGAAGGGCCAGUCAAACAAAGAUUAAAGUUGAUAAUCUUGUGAGCUUUGGAUAAACAUUUUUUUAAAGCAUAUUUACAAGAAUGAAGGAAAUUCUAAGUCAUCAGCAUUUCUUAAUAACCAGCCAGAUUAGCUUCUGCAGUAAAUUGUGCAGUGAAACAAUCUGUGUUGCUUUUAGCAUGGUACUGAAGAAUAUUACAGUAGGCAGCUUGCGCAGAGAUUUGUAUCACUUUGUUUACUUAAGAGUUCUGUUCAUGUGAGAUAAAACCUAGGUCUGGUACACUAACAAUAUUAAACAGAGACCAAUCCCACUGGUGAAGUCUGAUAAAGAUUGCAUUCCUAAGAAACAUGCUCUGUUAAUACAGUACAGCCUAUUAAGUAGAUGUCUGUGUUAUGUAUUUUAGCACUGUGACAGUAUUUUGAAUAUUUAGCCUAAACAGUGUUUGAAAUAUUGUCAGACAAAAGUUAAUAUUGUCAUAUAAGCCAGAAGUAUCAAACAUGAAUGAAAUCAAAGAUCCUAUCAGAAGAAGCCUCAAUGCUUGCCAUCUGGUUUUGUCUGUAAUUUGAGGUGAAACUCAAGAGAAAGAAAGUAAAAUAGACGAAAGUUUCGACUGUAUUAUUAGUGCCAUGUUAUACGUGUGGCUCAUUCUGGGGUAUUUUGCACAAAAUUUAUUUAAUAAGUGACUUAACAAAUUAUAUAAAUUUCAUACACAUUAGCCUGGAGACAGAUAUCCUUUUUAUAUUGGUUAUGUGUCCUUCACUCUCACCAUAUAUAAUGUAAUAUAACACACACACACACACACACACACACAGUUUCUGAUUACCUGUAGCCUAGCAACUGACAAAGACUCUGGUUGCAGAUGGCUAGUUUAUUUUUUUCUUUUGUGUAUUAUGACAAAGUUCUCAUUCUCUUUUCAUAGCUCAUAUAGUGG